GGCAAUUUCAUUUUAUUUGACCCACUCUUCCCCAAAUGUCUUUUAAACCUGAAAUUCUUUCUUGGCUGGUUAACAUCUUGCAGAGUUUAUGUCUCAAAACACAAUUGGGGAACAUCGCCCACACCUUUUUCUCCCCAGAUUGCUGGAUAGUUCAUCUGGACCCUCAGAUUCUAAGACUGCAAAACGCUCGAGGCCUCAAGGCUCUUGCUUUGGCCUGCCCAGGCCAAGAGGGAAGCCGGGCAUUUGCCAGCCUCGGCCUGCGCCAGUCACCCUGCUAGUGCUUCCGGCCACUGAGUGCGCUCCUGGGGCAGCUGGGUCCUGAAAAGCGGGGGAGGUCUGACCCAGCCCUCUGGUUGGUUCUCCCCACAGAUACCAAACUGGGGCCCGAGGCCUUCUGGUUUAACUCCGGCAGAGAGGCCGUGGCCACACAGCUGAGCGAGAGCUACUACAUCCUGCGGCCCGAGGUGGUGGAGAGUUACAUGUACUUGUGGCGACAGACCCACGACCCCGUGUACAGGCAGUGGGGCUGGGAGGUGGUGACGGCCUUGGAGAAAUACUGUCGAACAGAAGCUGGUUUCUCCGGGAUCCAAGAUGUGUACAGUAGCAUCCCCAACCACGACAACAAGCAGCAGACUUUCUUUCUAGCGGAGACACUAAAGUAUCUCUAUCUUCUGUUCUCUGAAGAUGACAUGCUCUCCCUGGAAGACUGGGUGUUCAACACAGAGGCCCACCCCCUCCCGGUGAACCACUCGGACAGCUCCAGCAGGGCUGGGGGCCGACUCUGACCCGUCUCCCUGCCGCACCCGGGACCCCGGAGGGGUGCCUUGCCUUUUCAGGAUUUGGGACUGUUCUCAAAGGGAUUGGGAACGUAGGACCCAUUCCAGGCAGACCCAGGGCAGAUGUGUCGGACAAGCAACUUCUUUUCCUCUGUGAGGAGACAGGACUUGGAGACGCAGCGAUGUCACCCCAGGCCCGGACUUUCCUUUCUAUGGAGAAUUUCUAUGAAACCCACUCACUUGCCAUUCCAGGGCCCAGUGGAUGGAGGCUUGCAUAUUGUCUCCAUGCCUUUGAUUCACUUCCUCUCAUUUGGGGAGUUUUCUGUUCAUUUGUUUUGCUUGAUUUUGCCUUUUCUCUGCAGUUGUGUUUUAUCACAAAUUAUAAAUAUAGUUUCAAAAUCAUGUGCUUUCGAAAGCAGCAUCAUCUUGAUACACUAAACCUUAAAAUGUUUGCACACAGAAACCUUGACCCCAUUUUCUAUAUUUUAAAUGCCUUUUGCCCAACAUUUACUAUACGUUCAACUACGUGGCAUUUACCUUAUAAUUUGAGGAGGCGUUCCCUUUUGAUUUGGGCCUAAGUGUUAACGAAUCACUAGUGCCAUUUUCAUUAUUGUAAUGGAAAAAUCUGUAAGCCUACAAUAAAACAGUUUAUUGAAUAAGAAAUACAAUUGGGUUCAUUACACAUCAGUGAUUCCUGGGAAAACCGUGGCAAUGUUACCACCCAAAAAAAUAAUCAACCAGCAGUUGAUUUAACGUAAGUUUAGACUCCAACUUCUAUUGCCUUCCCUUAAAUUGGCCUGGCAAAUUCAGGAAGGGUGAAGCCAAUCCUUUAAAUGGAGGCGCAUAUUUAUACUUAAGUCAAGGCUUGGAAGAGGCCCAGAGAGGGCCAGCAGCUUGCCUGUGGUCAUGAAGCCAGGUAGAGGCAGAGGUGAGCCCAGUCCCUACAGUUUGCUCACGACCCCGUGUCCAUCUGUUCGCGUUCAGCAGAUGCGUGCUGAGUGCCCGCAGGAGACCAGACACUGGGCUAGAUGCCAGGGACACAGCCGGGAGUGAAACAGUCACAGGCCCUGCCCUCAGGGAGCGUACAGCCAAGUGGGGGAAAGAUAGACCAUAAAGUAAAGGGACAGAUAAGUAACAUGAGUGCGAGCCAUAUGAAGUGCCACAGAGGAGAUGUGGGGCCGAGACACUAGUGGCCAGGGCUGAUAAUGAGGGCGUCAGGGAGAGCCUCUCUGAGCAGAAGACUUUCAAGCUGAGGCCUAGAAGAUAAGAAGGAGCAGUGGGAGGAGUAUCCCACAAACCCACUCUCCCCCCACCCACCCAGGGGCCCAAAACCUUGAGGCCAUUAUGCAGAGCAAGGUGUUCAGGCAGCUCUUCCCACAGCUGACCACACAGGGUAAUUCUGAGCCUUCCCGCAUGCUCAGCCACUUCAGUUUGGCUGUUAAGAACUUGAGUAGUCCCUGAGGUAUUGGAGCCUAGGCCAAGUGACCUGGCUUUACGUCCCCGCAGUGGGACCUCAGCUAGGUCACCUCACCCCUCAGGCCACUCUUCCAUCAAACAGAGGGAGGAACCUCCACCUCCCAACGUUGCUGUGAGAAUAAGCAGGAUCCCCUGGUGCCCUGACAGUGCGGGAAGUGCUUCUUCCUUAUUCUGGAGACAUAGAUGCUUCCAGCAUCUUCUUAAGCAGUGGUCAGAGCUAUGGGUGAGCCGUCCCCAUGGCAGGAACCCUGGUGUUUGGUGAGUAAGUCCCUGCUUGAACCCAGGAAAUCACUUCACUCUUGACAGGCUCUGGAGACCUGUCUGUGCCCAUUUAAAAAACAAAACAAAACAGAAAAACCCACUGUACAAGCAUUGUGGAAAGGGUGAGGAAUAUCUUUAUGCUAAGCAGAAAGAAAAACCAUCCACCAUUCUACUCUCCAGAAUAAAUACUGUUAUAUUUUCUUCCAGAUCUUUUUCUAUGAAUGUACAGAAUAUAUUUUGCAAACAUGGUGUCAUACUAUGCGUCCUGUUUUACUGUAAUCUGCUUUUGCUCUUAACUAUAUAUUGUGAAGAUCUUUCCAUGUCAACAAAUACACAUUUAUCACUGUA